AUGGCUGCUUUGCACUCUCCACGGACAAAAGAUACUAAUAAAAAUCGAGGUACUCGGCGAUCCCUUGUUCCUGAUGCAAUUUUAUUGUCAACAGGAGAAUCUACUGGAAAUGACAUAAGUCGAAUUAAUGUUACAGAUGAAAUUCACGAAAGUGUUAUUUUCAUUUGGUUCGAUCCAUAUACACAUUUGAACACAAAUCUUAUUGGACCACUUCGAGUAAUCAAUGAUAGCGUUCAAACUUUUACUGACCCAUUGACUUGUUUUGAUACUAUUAGAUCUUCACAACAAAAAAUCUUUUUCAUUUGUUCAUCAUGUAAUAAUGAAUUGAUUACUACUGUACAUAAGUUUUGUGCUGUUGAAGCAAUUUUUAUACUUGAUCCGAAUGGUGAAAAUAUUAGAGGUGAUUUUCCAAAACUUUUUGGCAUAUUUAAUCAACAAGAAGAAUUGCUUCGAAUAAUUAAAGAAGUAUUUAAAAUGUUUGAAGAAAUUCAACUUGAAGAAUUUGCAUUUGAACAAGAUGAAGUAUUUCUUUGGUCACAAUUAUGGAAAGAAGAUUUAAUAACUCGAAAAGUAUCAACAAAUAAACAAAGUUUUAUUGGACUAGCUCGACGCUAUUAUCGAGACAAUAGUCGAAUAAUUGAAAUUAUCGAAGAAUUCGAAAAAUCCUAUCGAUCUACUGAUGUGAUCAAUUGGUGUUUUCGUUCUCCAUUUCCCGCACGUCUUCUUCUUCAUGCACUUCGUUUUCACAAUAAAGCACAACUUAAUAUCUGUCGAUCUCUAUUCGCUGAUGCAUCACGCUUCUUUCAACAACAUCCUAAACGUAAAUCCAGUGAUCAAGUCUAUCGUGGUAUGAAAUUAUCCAGCGAACUUCUUGACAAAUUCGAAGCUCAUGUUGGUCAACUUAUUUGUACAAGUGGAUUUUUUCCUUGUAUUAAAUCAAGAACAAAUGCAUUGACACUUGCUUCAUUACCGGCAUAUCGUCCUGAUCUUCUAUCUGUUUUAUUUAAAAUUGAUUGUGAUGCAUCAUCUUUAUUUACUGAAAUAUCAAAUAAACAAACAACGCCAUUGAUUGUAUUUGAUGUUUGUAUGGCAUUUCGUAUUGUCUAUGUUAAUCGUGGUCAAAUGUCAAUUGUAAAAUUGAAAACAGAAGGUGAAGCUGGUAAGAAAAUUGCUUUAGAAUAUUUAGAGAAGCAUCCGAAGGAAACAAUAAUAUCUUUAAUUGAUGAACUUUUGAAACCUCCUAAACCACCAACACCGCCUCCUCCAAAACAACCUACUCCUCCACCUCGAACACCAACACCACCUCCAAAACCCAAAUCAGCGUUAGUUCAAAUCAAAGAUUCAAUGUACAAAAAAAAAAGAUUUCUAUUGAGUAACCUGAAUAAUUGUUCAAUUCUAUUUCUUUCUCUUGUUAGAGAUUCAAUGAUAACUGCUGAAGAAAUAAAAGCACAGAAAUAUGCUGAACAAGGAGACAUUGAUAUGGCUUUAAUAGUUUAUCAACGCAUUCAACCUGUUACAGUUCGUGUACUCAAUGCAAUGGGUCAAUUGUCUGCCAAUAGAAAGGGUGAUUAUGAUUAUGCUUUGCAAUGUCAUCAACAGGCACUUAAACUUCAAGAAGUGUCUGGUAAAGAUAUUUCUGACACUCUCACCUAUCUUGGAAAUGUUUAUCAAAGUCGUAGUGAAUUCAAUUUGGCUUUAGAUCAUCAUACACGUGCACUUGAAUUGCGUCAAGCUAAUCCAACAACUAAAUCAAUUGCAAUCGCUUCUAAUCUUAUUGAAAUAGCUAAUGCUCGUUGGGCUCUUCAUGAAUAUUCUGAAGCAAUUGCUAAUGCUGAACGAGCAUUAGCUUUGCAAGAAGCUCUUGUACCUGUCAAUGAAACAACUAUAGCUGCUACUCUAGUUUUGCUAGGUAACAUUUAUCAAGAUUUUGGCGACAGUACUCAUGCUCUUGAUCUGCGUACAAAAGCACUUUCCCUUUUCGAACGUACCGUAUCCAAUGAUUCACCUGUAUUAGCUGAAUUGCUUUACAAGUUAGGCACAAUGCAGUUAAAUGCAGGAGCGUUAGUUGAUGCACAACGAAGUUUAGAACGAUCGUACAAAAUUUAUCGAAAACUUCUACCUAGAGGACAUCAAGAUCGUAUGUCGACAGAAAAUGAACUUCGACGUGUUAUUCAAUUACGUCAAAAGAACAAACAAAAGUCACAAACAAAUUCAUGA